ACGAUGCACUACUCUCUCUGUCUUGGAAUUUUACAUUUUGAUGAAGGAGGAAGCAGAGCGACCAAUCAGAGUGGCGGGAGGAGGGAGAGACCAUCCAACGGGAGACGGCGGGGCGGUUUGGAGUCGGCUCCACAGGCUGCGACCGGGCUUCCUACCCCCCGGGGUCCCCUCGGCUAGGCGGGGCCAGUGGUACGAUCCGGCAGGCUGCAUAAGAACCCCUCCUACCCGCCUCCCCCCCACACCCGCCCCUCUGCUGUCAGUGCUAGGGUGUAGCUACUGAUCCCAUACUACGGCGCAGAGAGCGAGAAUGAAAGGGGGAGGUGGGACAUCAGGUGUCACAGCUCCACAGCCCCAGAUGAGGCUGCAUCACCACGACAACCAGGGGUGCCGUCAGCUCUCUGUGCCCCACCAGCCAAGCACCUGACCAUCCGCCCAGCCAGCUAUCCCACAAUCUACCAAUCCAUCCCUCCAUCCACCCCGGCGAAGCGAGGCCAGCGCCGGUCGGAACUGGCAACCUGCAGGAGUCAUCAGGCUGCCACAGAUGAAGCGAAGAUAGCAGCGAGAUGAAGAGGCAGAGCUGACUCUAUACCCCCAGGGGGGGUGGGGGGCGGGUGCAGCGAGGUGGAACCACUUGCCUGCCUCCCAGUGGAGAGACACUUCCACCAUCAGAGCGCCAUCUGCAGACUCGGUGGGGCGGGACAGCUGGUGUUGUGAAUCAGGCCGCCGUAGUCCAGGGACCGGCUACUUCCCAACACCAGGGUCUAACCCUCGCCCCUCUCACCCCAUUAAUCUCUCACUUUCUCCGUUUAUACAUCAUCCAAAGUCACUGCUGCUUUCUUUCCCACAUCUACUUGUAAAUCAAGUAGAUUUCUUCUUAUUUUAACGUUUAUUUUAUUUAUACUCAUCUUAGAAUUGUAAACCCUCAAUCGGUGUAGCAAAGUAAAUAUGUCUAAAGUAAAUUAAUACAUAUGUAUUUCAAAAUUUGUGUGUGUCUUAAGUACUUAUAACUGAUAAAAACAUUUUUUUAAAUCACACCAAAUUGAAAUUAUUGAAUGUUUUCUGUCCUGGGUCGGUUCAGUCCGUUACAACUUUACUUUGUGCUUUUUGUACAAACCAUUUCUCGGCUUUUAUUUGUAGUGACGUAUUUUGAGGAAUUGUGCAAUAAAUGAUCAUAAAAUGCCCUGAUCUCAUGUCUUACCGACUAUAAGUGGAUGUUAUUUGCCGCAAACUUUGUAAAACAACCUAUUUUUCUUAAUUCUGAUCCCAUUUGGGCCAAUUGACUAUUUUUGAAAAAUGACAGGUACCUCUUAUGACAUGACACCACAAUAACUCAGGGUUUUCCUUUCUCAUAUAAUCACAUUUCCUUCCAGUAGACUAUUAAUGACAUUAAAUUAGUUUAAAACAUCAGUUGUCAAAGGCGGACACAAAUGGACCCAUGGUUGGUAUUAAAUGCCCGUGAAUGCUUCUUUUUGUACCCCAGAAAGUCAAACUAAAAUUGUGGCUGAAUGAAAUACCAAACCUCCAUGUUGUUGUUUCCGUGUCUUUAGCCACCAUUAUUUGUUGGUGGCUAAAGACACCAACAAAUGAUGUUGCUGCUUGAAUUUGAAAUUGGAUUUUUGUGCCAUUUAAUUUAUAAAUGAUUGUUUGGUAUGUUAUAUAAACUCAAUCUGUGUGUCAACAGUAAUUAUUUAAUGGAUACAUAAAUAUUCACAUAUACUGUAGCUUUAACAUAUGUGUAAAUAUUCUAAUUAUUUUCACGUUUAAACGUGUAUGAAAUUCUUGGAAUGUCUAAGGGUUUUUAUUCAGUGCAGUUUUUUUCCCCCCAAAUAUUACCUUAAUAACCGUUUCAGUAUUUAACCAAUUAUGUAUUGACUGGAGGGCUUUGUUUGAUAAAAGCUCCCAUAAGACCAUUAAUAAUUUCAAACUUUUUAAAAUGCCCCAAUAAAUAUAUUCUAAAGAGAAAAUAUGCAAUAAAGAGGCUUAAGAUUGUAGGAGCCUAGUCCAGGGAUAAUUUCAGUCUGGACAGGCAGGUAGGUGAGAAAAUGGCGAAGCUUUGCUUUGUCAUACUUCCCAUGAGUCUUGUUACGCAUGCGCAGUGUGGUUGAGCGCUACAUUUGAGCUCACCUUGAAUAUUAAUUCAGACUGUGCGAAGUACGGACUUCCAUGACAAGCGACAAUAUUGGAGUAGGUCCAAAACAAGCGUUUAUUAUAAACUACUUUUUAUUGAACACGUUUUAAAUACGUGUAUUUAGUCACGGUUUUAUUGGUUAGCAUGUUUCCGUCUUCUAACAGGGUGAAACUGAACCGACUCGCCCUAAAAGACGUCGUUGGUCUCAAACUAGCUCCGCGGAGGCGAAAAACCCCGAAGGCAGCCAUUGGCAUUUCACCUGACUUCUCCAAGCAACGUCAAAAUGUACUUUCAAAGCCUUCGUCAGUGGAAGAGACCGCUUCUGUCUCUGGGGACCGAGGCGAAUCGAGCCAAACUGUCCCAGAACCAAAGAGCUUGGAGAAACAAAACGAUACUCUCAAGCGUAACCUUAAAGGAGAACUGAAGGGGAAAUACGCCGCUACACAGAGAGCCAAGAGGAGAAGUGACCUUCAGUCGUGCACAGGGGACAACAUGGAGCGUAAACGGAGCGGGCCAAACACUAAAGGCAAGUAUGAAGAUUGAAAACCCAACAGUAGAAACAAGAGACGAGGGUCUGCAGGGUUAGGUUGAUGUGGUGCGUUUGCGCCGACUCGGACAGCCGAGUGUAGCUGUGCUGAAGUCGACCACGAUCUGAAAACAACCAAAAUGCCCUCUCCUCUAAAACUGGCUGCUUGUAAGGCAACGGGAGGACAGGAUUUGGGUAAUUUUAUCAUUCACGAAGGGCACAGUUUCACCGCAGAGGGGGCUAUAGACAUGUUUGGCAGCGUUGAAGGCAGGGAUGGACAGGGGUCAGGGAAGGCCGAGGCCGCGGAAGGCAAUCCGGGCUCCGCUGCUUCUGUCGGGGAACAAAUGUCUGCAGGAACACCGUCACAACCGAGCAGCCCAGCAAAAUUUGUUCGGGAUAGACAUCUGAACCUAUCUGAACUUGCUGGUUCAGAAGGGCACUUAAGAAGAUCUGUUGGAGCCUCCCUCUGUAUUGUGUGCAGGGAAUGUAAAUACAUUUCCCCCCGGCAGAGGACCUUGAGUAAGCAAAAGCCAAAUAACUCUACCCCGGACUCCGGGCCGUCUUCCACUAUGGUUAAGGUCUACGGCGGGAAAAGAGCCAUUGAGACGGUGGAGAAGAUCGUCGUGUGGAUUAAUAAGUACCCCAAAGUAACACUUUGCGACAUUGCAGCAACAUACGACAUAUGCAGUCACAAUUGCGGUUACAUUUUACCAGGUGAUCUCAAGAACAAGAAGAUGCGUUGCUUCAAGCGGGACAUGAGGGCUGGAUUUAGAAUUUGGCCCACUUGUAUAGGGCAUAACAGUGAGCAAGGUGGUGAGGCUAAAAAUAGCACCAGCAGUGUGCAGAGUGGAAACAGCAUCUGUCAGGCUGAAAGUCUGACAGAACAACACAAACACCCAGAAGAAGGCACAGCAUCGGAGGUCUCAGAGACGCCUUCAAAACAUUUCUACAAUGGCUGGACAGAUGUAGACACCACUACUCCUGCUUCUCUCUUAAAAAGCAAACACACAGAAGAAGGCGAGAUCAGGACUUGUGUGUUGGACCAAUAUCAUCUGGACGAUGCUGGACUUGGAUCUGACCCGAUUGCUUUGGAGAUUCACAGAGACAAAAGAAUGAAGCUUGGGGACGGAGUUGAGUGCAGCAGAGUUUGUCGCACUGCCUUGAAAGGACCUGAUCAGACUAUUUUCAGUCCCACUGAAAAUUAUGUAUUUCAAAUAUCACCAGUGCUGUUCAGUGAGAAUGAUGAGGUGAACGUGGACGAACCAGAGUUUUUCACUUGCCAGAGAGUAAGGCCGUAUUUUAGGGAGCUACCUAUUUCGUGUGCGCGAACUUACUUGUCCUGGCCUUUUCCAAAUAGUCAGCCGAAAUGUAAUGUUGGUGCUUCUGCCACAGCCUGUUCAGAGCCGGGUUCAUCACAAAGGAGCCCCAUUGACUCUGUGACAAAGAAUUCAAACUUGCCUAGUUCAUCCACAGGAGAAGACCACAACAUGACAAAUCUGAGGACAGCGCAACAAUCUGUGCAGUCUGGAAAAUCUGUAGCCCGUCUUCAUUGUCGUUCCGUUCCAUCUUCAGGCCCAGGUCGGCUUAGUAUGGAGCCGGAUGUUGGAGAUGGAUCAACUUUUCUGUUGAACCGCCUUGAAAUGAACGGCUCCACCUUGACUACUACCACCCACUCAGUGCUCAGUCUGUGUGACUGGGAAGGAUCCUCUGCUUUGUCUAAUUCAUCAGAUCCAUCAUCAAGCGGCCUUUCUUCCACAAAGUUUUCUCCGCUCCCUUCAACGUUCCUAUCAAGGAAAAUCCAAAACACUGCGGGGAAAACGGUUGAGGAACCCCAACUUUCCGCAUGUGGUCCUGUAUCCUUUGCACUUCCAAGCAACUCUUACCAGAGCCUUGUAUCCUCCAUCGGCUUCAGUUGUGACCAGAACAACAACGAUGAAUGUCUCCCAAUGAAGAGCCCACCCAGACUGGAACCAUAUGACGCAAGUCUGUUCAACCCAAAACAUUUGUGCAACUUCCCCAGACAAAACUAUGUGGACUUUGACUCUGAUGCGUUUCUGCUUCCACCAGAGCUCUCCCCCAUCACCUCUCCAUAUAGGCGCAUUUUAGGGUGUACCUCAUUCGAAAGCCUGGAAAUAUUGGAAGAUGAGGAGGUUAUGAACAAAGAUGAGACACCAACAGAUUUUUACCUGCUGCAAGUGGCUAAUGGCAACACUGAGACCUCCAGUACUUCUUCUGAACACUCCAGCAAAGAAAUGGAAGGCGCUACAAGUCCCAGUACUCCGACUGACAUCAACGCUUUCAAAUUGUUGUCUUCUCCCAGCAACACUGAAGUGGAUGGUGAUGAGGGUAUAAAGAAAACUUUAGAUGACUCAGAGAAAAAAGUUGAGGACGUUAAAAGAAGUUUCAAGCAAGUUUCCUUUGGUCCUAAAGUACAGGCAACCGUUGGCUCGAAUGUCCCGACCGAAAGCAGCCCGUCUCCCAGCAGCCAUAGUGAGGAACACACAGAAGAAGACGAAGAAGAGCAGUGCUCUUCUACAGAAGAGGAGUCGAGCUCUUACAACACGGAAGACGACCAAAGAGAAGCGGAGGGCACCAAAAAACGGGAGUCUGACGUUUUGGACGAGUUCACAGCUUACGAACAGGAUAUCUUGCUCGUCAACCUUGGGCAGGAGGAUCCGGAACUGUUUGAAAAUCUGCCACAGAAGAGCCUGCUAAACCUGGGCCCCGUCAGGGACACCGCGGCUCCUAAAAAGAAACCAAUCCCGGGAAUAAAGUUUUCAUCCAAGACAACCAAGUCAUCAUCAGCGUUUGAUCAAAAAGUGACACCAGUUACAGUCGAUCUUCAUGACAACUGUACUGAUAUUGCAGAGGAGAUGGAAAGCAGACCAUGGAGACCUCGGUGUAGCAACAUAACUACCAAAAAUCAAAAUCCAUACCAUCAAAGCGAACAUCUGGGACGAUCUGAUAGAAACAACAUUAAAAUGGAUGGAUCCCUGGAAAGUAAUUUUGGUCGUCUCAUCCAUCCACAUGUGACCUCAAGAUUAGGACGGUGUAUGAAAAACCCGGCUAACCUGACAGAUUUUAGGCGUCAGAAAUCAAAUGAAUACUGCAGACAGUACUUCAGUGAAUCGCUGUCCUGUGGCUUCAAAAUGUGUCGCUUCCAGCAUCUACCGGCGGAGGGGGACGAGAAGUUCUGUGUUGAUACAGUGACGAAGUUCGCCAAAAAUCCAGUGUGCCUCCAGAAAGCUGGCGCUGUGUUUACCGGGUACUACCAGAACAGUCCACCGGGGGCAUAUUUCUCCAUGCCGGUCCUCCUCACCCUGCUCUGGGCUCUGCUGAAAGCCGGCAUGAUGUCCAACGUCUUCUCAGUCCUCCGCGUCAGCUUGGCCCACAACAUAGUGCCGGGCCACGAGUUCCUGCUGGCUCUCUUUAACUACGUGAGGGACAAGGAUCUCAUGAACUUCGUGCCUGAACUGAUGCAGCUCACAUUCAAGAUGGCCAGCGUCGGUUUGGAGCUGAGCUUGGACUGCAUAGACAACGUAAAACACAGCCCCAUGUUUCAGCAGGUGGCUCAUCACAACUCGCACGUCGCUCUGGGUGGAAACCACAACUCGCCUGCCUGCAUGCAGAGUCCUGAGUAUCUCAAUUUAGUGCACGGGAUUGUUGAAAUAGAGCUUUGUGCCAAGCAGGAAGACUGGAAACGGAUGGGAGAGGUGUACAGGUCCAUCUGCCAGUUCAGCCAACACCCAAACCAGGUGGAGCGAAUCAGCGGCCGCAUUGCUAUAGCGCUUCUGUCUGAGAGCAAAGACAAGGUCUCACUGCCAUACGCUGCUUUCGCUGAGACAGUGCGCCAAAACGAAAGUGAGGAGAAUCUGGUGAAGACUUUUGUGGGCAGAAUCGGAGUGUCUUUGAUGUUGAGAUACCACAAAAAUCACCACUGGAUUAAGGGCCGCAUAGUGGUGGAGGUGAUGUCCGCCUUAAAAGUCGACUACACAACACUGAAGAGCUUAUUUGGGAACGAGGACGGAGCGUCGCGCUGCUGCCUGAUCACUGUGGCAACGGAGCUCUUCUUCCUGAGUGGGAGUGUGGAGGGAGCGCUAAACACACUCCGAGAACACAACUGGUUCCUGAGUUCGGGUUUGUGGCCGUGCGAGCCCACUGAUCUGGAGGGCAGGACUAAUCUGCUGAGGCGUCUGUCUGGGAAAACCUCUCACCGGGACACCUUGGAGGUCCUCUGUAAUCUGCCAGGAGUUAAGGAACCCAGCGACCUUAUAGACAUCUCCAGGUACAGUCCUAUGUUUACGUCUCACCUUCAAGUGUGUGUGGAGAGACAGAUUCUACCUGUAGCGUCAGACCUGCUGGACUUCAUGCUGAGUAAACAGCUGGCUGUCGAUCACUCACUGCUGCAGAUGCUACUCGAGAAACUGGGCAGACAAAACCUGUGGCUGCGGGCGCGGGAAGUCUUCAAACAUUCUCUGAGUGCGGGUUAUUACCCUGACGUAUCGGCUGCCCCUGGUUUGAUGGCGCUGGUCGUACCCUGUCAGCUCGGCGAGGUGGAGCUCGCUCUCGCCUUGGAGAUGUUUGUUGCCUUCAAUGCGUCAGCCAUUCUUCCUCUUUCAGACACCGCCUCUUCUUCCCUCAGCAUCACUCUAAAAAGGACUCAAACCUGCGAGGGGGAGUACAUCUCGGCAGGUAACCGGCUUCUCUCCGCAGCUUGCCUGCCCCAGCCCAAACUCACUGUCCGCUACACAGCGGUCAACUCCUCCCAGGAGCAGCUGUUCAGGCUGGACGUUCCCUCCGCGCGCCGCUGGCUCCGCCACAAUCACUUGUGGGCCAGCGAGAUGUGGACGCAGCGACCCAAAAGUGUCAACCCCAACUGACCUCGGUAACUAUUUUCACGUCUUCUUGCGUUCCAGCGUCCGUGAACGCUCCGAGAAACAUCAAUGAAAUCAGGUAGAACGGCGUGUUUCUGUUCUAGUUCUACAUUUCUUUUCUUCCUUACACACAUGGCGACCCAGUCGCAGGAAAUCACAACCAAAGACUGAUGCCAGAUGAUCAUACUUUUUAUGUUCAUGUUUAUUUAAAGCUCUUUAUUUUCCUGAGGUAGUUUUGUUGGCUUUCACUCAGAGUUUUAAGGGAGCAACUUAGAAUUUUAUUUCUUGCGGGGAACAAUCACAUGUAAUUUUUUGGGGGGUGGAGUGGGUGUUAGUGUUAUCUGUAUAUAAAAUAAUUAAAUAUGUAUUUAUAUGACCACAUUAUGUUGCCGUAUUGUUUGUUACAAUCAAAACUGUUGCUUGUUCAGGACCUGUA